CUGGAUCCUUUCAUCUCUGUGGAGCUUACUGACAAUCAGCCGUCUGGUUUCCUAGGAAACGCAAUCUUGGCUAGAAAUAGUGAAUCAUUUCCAGGUCACUUUCAACAUGGAGAGUGGAGCAGGAAGGCACUGGACGGAGGAGGAGGUUAAAGCCUUGCUAAGCGUCUGGUCAGAAAAAAAUAUCAGAGAGCAACUCCAUGGGACCUUACGGAAUAAAGGGAUAUUUAUUUACGUUGCUAAAAGGCUUCAGGAGUUGGGGAUCUGCAGAGACUGGAAACAGUGUCGGGCAAAGUAUAAAAACCUGAAAUAUGAAUAUAGAACAGUUAAAUAUGCCCACAACUCAGGAGAUGCUACAAAGACUAUGAAGUUCUUUCAUGAGCUGGAUGCCAUAUUGCAACAUAAAUCUGUCACCCAGUUAACAGAGGAGGAGAACGGCAGGUGUUCAUCCAAUGACAUCAUAAAUGCCACCAAGGAGAACAAUGAAGGUGAAGUCUCAAUAACAUUGGAAGAAGAUGAUGAUGCUUCCACAAAUCCAUUUCUUUUUAUUUCCCACUGCAGGCCUAUUGAACUAGGUAAUGAAAGGCAGCAUAUGGAGAGAUGAAAUGGAUUGUUCUCCUUUGUACUA